UUCAAUUUUGUCCAUUCCACACUUUUCGGUUCUCUCACUCACAUUUGCGUGACAGAAGUUGUAUUACUUUUGCAUUGUAAACUUGAAUUAAAUUUUAAUUAAUUGCUUAAAUCACGUUUUAAUAAAUAUUAUUAGACUAUUGUCAACAAGGAAUUCAUUUUCUGGAAUCAUUUAAAGAGGGAGCAUUUUGCUGAUGUGAUAUUAUAGAAAUGUCAUCAUAUAUGGCAGGUGUUUUUGAUUUGGAUUUAGAUGUGGAUCCUGAUACUGUAAACGUUGGAGAUUCCGACGAAGACGAUAUUAUUGAAGUCGAUGAGGUCGAUUACGAACCCGAAUUACACGUGAAUAGCAUUGUUGAGCAAGAAGGCUCUGAGACUAUUCAAUUAUCUGAAGACAAUGUUAACCCAGGUCAAUGCAAACGCCUUGGUCCUCAAGAUUUCGAACUACGUAAAGUUUUGGGAAAGGGUGGAUAUGGCAAAGUGUUCCAAGUGCGAAAAAUAACAGGUGCUGAUGCUGGUGCACAUUUUGCUAUGAAAGUGCUCAAAAAAGCUUCCAUAGUUCGAAAUCAGAAAGACACAGCACACACAAAAGCGGAGAGAAAUAUUUUGGAAGCUGUAAAGCACCCAUUUAUAGUGGAAUUAGUAUAUGCUUUCCAAACAGGUGGUAAACUAUACUUAAUAUUAGAAUACCUAAGUGGUGGCGAGCUAUUUAUGCACCUUGAGAGAGAAGGGAUUUUCCUAGAGGACACAGCUUGCUUUUAUUUAUCAGAAAUUAUAUUGGCACUGGAACAUUUACAUAGUUUAGGCAUAAUUUAUCGUGAUUUGAAACCAGAAAAUGUUCUAUUGGAUGCCCAAGGCCAUGUAAAACUUACAGAUUUUGGAUUAUGUAAAGAACAUAUUCAGGAGGGUAUUGUCACACAUACAUUCUGCGGUACCAUUGAAUAUAUGGCACCGGAGAUCCUAACAAGGAGUGGUCAUGGAAAAGCCGUAGAUUGGUGGAGUCUGGGAGCACUUAUGUAUGACAUGCUCAUUGGACAGCCUCCAUUCACCGGCGACAAUCGUACAAAAACCAUAGAGAAAAUAUUAAAGGGUAAACUAAUGCUGCCAGCCUACCUCACACAAGACGCUCGCGAGCUGAUCCGUCGCCUCAUGAAGCGAUCGGAGACUCAACGUCUGGGCGCCGCAGGCGCUCAGGCAGUACGCGGUCACGCCUUCUUCAAACAUGUCAACUGGGAGGACGUCUUCUCUCGCAGACUGGAACCUCCUAUUAAACCUAGACUGACUGGUGAAGACGAUGUCUCACAAUUCGACACCCGGUUCACACUGCAGACGCCUAUCGAUUCGCCAGAUGAGUCGACACUUAGCGAAAGUGCCAACCUCAUGUUCCAGGGCUUCACAUACGUGGCGCCAUCUGUCAUGGACGAGAUUCACAAGCCGCGCGUGAUCACGGCGCGCUCGCCGCGGCGCCCGCGCCCGCACCACCACGCCGCGUUCGCCGUGCCGCUCGCCUCCACCGCGCACCAGCCGGAGGACCUCAUGGAUGUACAAGGUCUACCUAUAUACAAGUGAUGAGAUUGGCCAGCAAGAGGAGAAUCUUCGGAAUCCCAGAUUGUAGCACUGUUAGGUACAAUUCACGUUGAUAUUUCAAAUAAGUAUGCGGGUUCAAGUCAGAUAUCGGCUGCGCUGGUUGAUCAAUGAGUAUGUAUCUGUGCUCUCUGACUGAGCGUCUAGCGUUGUGCACCUGACGGACGACGCUCAGCGCGAGAGAGUAAUUAAGAAUAAGUAGAACGUGUCCUCCCGAGGGCCACGGCAUCGCAAUAAGGUUUCUCGAUUACCGCCCAUGUUUACAGAUUUAAAAAUAUUAUUUGUAUUUUCUUAACUUAAAUUUAAAAGGCACAUUGCCUGGUUCCUCGAAAGAUACUAUUUAAUUUUAUAAAAAUAUUAAAGAGGGCAGUUUAUUAAGGAUAAAUAUUUAACAGUAUCUUGAUUAUAUGCAUAAUAACUAUUGUGGUAAAUGUGUGAUUAAAUAUCAUUUAAUAUGUAUGCGUGUACUAAUCGAGGGCUUUUGUUUGCAGGCCUAGAAUAAUUCACAUUAGUUGACCAUUUAUACUAAGGAUGAUGAAUUAAACUACAAAGAUGCCCAUGUAAUACUGUCGGUGAAAAUAAUGGUACUGUUUUAUACUAUUAUUAAUGGACAUUUUAUACAAGUUACCGUUUAGUCUAAUAUUUGGGUAGAAUAAUCACGUAUAUUAAAAUGUUCUAACUCCGACUAUUUGACAAAAAUAAUAAUUUACAAUAUAACUUGUUACCAUGCUUCAUGAAUUGAAAUAAAGGUCAUUUUUUAUUUUGUAA